AUGGUCACCAUCGGAAAUGGAGGAUCUGCUCGUCAAACAGCCUGGAAAGCGGAGCUGGAUAUCCGCGAAACAGCAAGGGAAGCUGUACGAAACUCCUCCUUGCCAACUAUGGAGGAUCUUGUCCGGAGCAUCAGUCCGGCAUAUGACUACAAAAAGGAAAAGAUUCAAUAUCUUUCGGGAAGACAAAAAGUGUCUCGCCGAUCACCCGUGGCUAAGGAUUACGAUAGCCCCUAUGAGGUCAGGCAAGAAAAAGAGGUUCAACAUCUUCCGUUCGGACAGGUUGUGGCGCGCGGACCAUCCUUAGCUGCGGCUGCACAUGGGCACACUGCGCUUGGUCAACUAUGGACGAGCUGCCCCGCUCCCAGAAAAUUUCGCCAAAUUCUUUCUGAGGAAUUUAGCCUGGGAUCUCGCAGGUGA